ACAAAUUAAUUCAUUCAAGCCGUGUGUUUCUUGUUCCUCCCUGUUUUUUUCCUCUCUUUCCAGCUGUGCCUGUUCAGCCUAAGGACCACAUGCUUCCCAUUUUUCCUUUGGGUUGUUUUCCUUUUCUUUUUUCAAAAAUUUUCCUUGGUAACUUUAUUUUCCUUAGUAAGUUUCUUGGCUGAUUUUCCGCACAAAGCACAGAACGGCUCUUAUCCCCAAGGGAAGGAGCUAUUUCAGACCUUACUAAGAAGUUAUUGAACAUGUUUCAACAUUUCCUACUGUUAUUCUCUUUGUUUUUGAGAGAGCCGUCUCAUUUUCUUUCACUUUCAACUGGAGACCAAAUGACACCCACCAGAGUCUGCUUAGAUUAGUUUUCCAGAAGCAGGUGAGAGCAGAGAUGAAGCUGGCCGGCGGGAUCUGCUGCUUUCUGCUCCUCAGCCUGCACGGCGACUCGGCUCAGAGCGCGGCCGCCGGGAGCGGCCGAGGGGGAAAGGAGAGGGCGGGCCGCGGAGUGCCCAGGAAGGGCCCGGGCCGGGGAGCCCGGCGGCCCAGGGAGCCCCCGACGCCGGCGCUGCCUCUCGGCGCGGUCCACGCGGUCGUCCCGCUGGCGAGCUACCCGGGAGAGGAGUCGAGCUACAGCGUCCUGCCAGGGAAGAAAGGCCAGUGCUCCUUCGGUGGGAUGAUGAUGUACGACUCGGCCGUGUGGUCCCCCGAGCCCUGCGUCACCUGCCUCUGCUCCAGCGGGAGAGUGGUCUGCGACGAGGCCACGUGCCCCCCCCGGCGGUGCCCGCGCCCCUUCACGCCCGAGGGCGAAUGCUGCCCCGUCUGCUCGGACUCGGUCUUUAAUAGGACUUCCUUAGGUGACGGCCUGGACCUUUCUGGUGAUUCUUUAGCCCCGAGUGAACACGUGGAUCCGCAGCAAAGGGCAUCGCCACGGACAGCCACGGGCAGGGAUCGGCUGCUCCACAGGAUGGAGCACGAGUCUGAGGAAGACGACUCUGGCGAAAAGGAGGGCGAGAAGCGGCAAAGGAAGAAAAGCACGGAGAGGAGGCAGCCCCAGCGGGCUCGUCCUGAGGAGAGGACGUCGGAGAAAGACGGGAAACCGUCUCAGGAGGAGGAAGAGUACUGCUGGACCUCCAGAGAGGAGGUGGAAAAGGAGGCUCAUCGGAGCCCAAAGCAAGAAAGCGAAGAGGAGGAAGAGGAAGGAGAGGGCUGCUUCUCGGGGGGCGCCCAGCUGCCCCCUUUGCCGAGCGCGUGCUCCAUCUCGGACCGUAAAAUAAGCUGCAUCAAUGCCAAGCUGACCAAGAUACCCGACAUCGCAGACCCUGAACUACGGAGCUUGGAGCUCAUUGGAAACGCCAUCAGCUGCCUCCCCGAUAAAGCGUUCCAAGGGACGCCCAAUUUGGAGCGGCUCGACCUUCGCAAAAACGCCAUCAGCUCUUCUGGGAUCAGUCCCCGGGCCUUCAAGGACCUGAAGAAGCUGACCCACCUGUACCUGGACGGCAACAGCCUGGUCGAGGUCCCCCCGGCGCUGCCUCCUCGCCUGCUGGAACUGAAGAUCAACGAGAACAGCCUUCAGUCGCUGGAGGAAGACAGCCUGGCAGAACUGCAGCAGCUGCUCGUCCUGGAACUGGAAGGAAACCGGCUCAGUGAGUCCAACGUCAGCCCCUUGGCCUUCGCCCCUCUCAGGAGCCUGACUCACCUGCGCCUGGGACAAAACCGGUUCCGGAUCAUCCCCCAGGGCCUGCCAGCUUCCAUCGAGGAAUUAUAUGUGGAAAAUAAUCAAAUUGAAGAAAUCAAAGAAACUGCCUUUAAUCACACCAGAAACAUCAACGUUAUUGUGUUACAUCAUAAUAAGAUUGAAGAAGACAGGAUCGAUCCUUUGGCGUGGAUCCAUCAUGAAAACCUGGAAUCCAUUGAUCUUUCUUAUAAUAAGCUGUACCACGUUCCCUCCUACCUCCCCAAGUCCUUACUGCACCUGGUGCUGGUCGGGAACCGGAUCGAGCGAAUCCCUGGGUACGUGUUCGGCCACAUGAAGCCCGGCCUGGAGUACUUGUACCUUUCCUUUAACCAGCUGAACGACGGCGGCAUCCACCCCGUGUCUUUCUACGGGGCGUACCAUUCACUGAGAGAGAUUUUUCUGGAUUACAAUGAAUUAAAAUCCAUUCCAUGUGGGAUCUCGCGCAUGACCUCGCUACGCCUUCUGAGACUUAACAACAACAAGAUACGGCGCCUUCGCCGGGAGCGAAUCUGUGGGGCUGAGAACAGAGAUUCCCGGCUGGAGCACCUACAUCUUGAAAACAAUUACAUCAGCCCAAAAGCCCUUUCACCCUAUGUAUUUCCAUGCAUUCGAUCCCAUGCAAGCAUUGUCCUGAGGCCGCAAAAGGUCAAAUAGGAGGCGUGUUCGGUCUGUGUAUUCCUGGUCCGCUCACGGCUUGAGGACGUCCCGUAAAGAUCAUGGAAGAACGUGACCGCUUUUCCCUGUGGCUCUCCCGCCCGCAGACCAGAGGACAGGGCCGCUUAAUCUGGGGUCCUGUGAUCCCUGGGCAGCAGGAGCUGAAAGAGGGCCCCCCCCACCCCGCCUCACCCACUAACGCUCCCUGGAUGCGUGUCCCUCAGAUCACUCCGUGCCCCUGCUACAGUGAGUCAGCUCGGUGGGUAGGCUCCACGUGGGCCUGUAGGACGGAAGGACAGCCCGGAGGCCUCCGUUUGUCCCCAAUUAUAUGACCAGGGCCCAGGCUACAUUCCAGCACCCGGAACUAUGAGGACCUGCUAACCUGCACUGGUGGAGGAAGUGUGCACACUGGAAGUCCCCUAUGCUGAUAGGGGACCCUGGUCUCCCUCAGGACCAUUGGAGCAUCAUGGUCCCAUAACCAGCACCCCUCCCCCCGGGCUAUGGAGCCCAAAGCCCCGAGGAGCACCAGUCCCGCAUAGGCUCCGCUAGCUCAUCUUUCAUCACUUCAGCAGUCACACAUAGUGACCAUUGGAGAGCCACCUGAAAUGAGGGGCCUCCAGGACUUCCUGGCUGGUCUGGGGCCCGUGAAAGGCUCACGUGAGCCGGGCCCCUUCCAAAAGCGGCUCCGAGGUCCCUCCUCAGGCACUUCCUCGAGACAAGACUUCAGAAGGGAAAGGGGCUGGCUUACUGAGGACAAGACUGAUCCUCCUGGACUUUCUCCCAAGAAAUAGAAACGCUUGUGACACGGACAUUUUCUUCCUGUGGGCAGCGAUCCACUCCCACUUCUCCCCAUUAACAAGUGCAUCCUGUUCUCUGAGACCUGAAUUAUAUCACUCAUUCACGUU